GUUGACCAGUUCUCUAUGUUGUGUUACAGUGGGAGGAGAGACCUCAGAUACAGACCCCACACUUCCACUGAGGAGGAGAAACAGCAUGGAGUUACUUCCUCCAGAUAUGGGAGGAGAGAGCAGCAGUCCAGACUCCCCAGUGUCUCCCAGUGUGUCUGAGCUGAGACUGGUGCUGCUGGGGAGGACUGGGGCUGGGAGGAGUGCAGCAGGAAACACCAUCCUGGGCAGAGAGGAGUUUGGGGCCCAGGCCAGCCCCUCUGCAGUGACCCAGAGGAGUAAGAGGAGAGAGGGGGACGUGUGUGGGAGACGGCUGGUGCUGGUGGACCCUCCAGACUGGUUCUGUCCUGGACUCUCUCUGGAGGAGAUGAGACAGGAUGUGGGGCUCUGUGUCCGUCUGUCUGCCCCGGGACCCCACGCCUUCCUCCUGGUCAUACCAGUGGAGCCCUCUAAGGGGGAGGAGAGAGGGGUGCUGGAGAGAAUAUAGGAGAUGUUUGGGGAGGGUUGUUGGGAACACACUGUGAUUCUAUUCACCCAUGAUGAUGUCCUGAAAGAGCAGAGCAUUGAGGAGUUUCUCCAAGCAGGAAGUCAGGACCUCCAGCAGCUUGUAGAGAAAAGUGGGAGCAGGUACCACGUCCUCAACAUUAAGGACAGGGCCCAUGGCACUCAGGUAUCAGAGCUGCUGGAGCAGGUAGAGGAGAUGGUGGCAGGAAACAGAGAGAGAUUCUACAGCAGUCAGACCUACCAGGAGGCAGAGACCCAGGUUAGAGAGAUGGAGGGAAAGAUCCAGAGAGAGAGAGGAGAGAGGAAACAGAGGGAGGAGAGAGAGGUGAGAGAGAGGCUUCAGAAGGAGUUCCAGGACUCUCUGAUAAAGAUAGAGGGAGUGAUCCAGGAACAUGAGGGAGAUAUCAGAACACUCAGUGAAAGAACCAGUGAACUGGAGAGACAGGUGAAAGAAGAGAGGGAUGCGGAGAAGAAACGAGAGCUGGAGAAGGAGCUGAAGAGGGAGUCUGAUAGGAGGGAGGAGAUGGAGAGAAAGCUGGAGAGAUUGAGAGAGAAGACAGAGAAUGAGAGGAGGGAGAUGGAGGAGAGACACAAACAGGAGAUAGAGGAGAUGAUGGAGAACUAUGAAGGAGAGGCCAGAGUUGAAGCAGAGAGAAACCUGAUGAAGAUAGUCCUACCUGAGUUACAGAGGAACAUCAUGAUCUCACAGACAAAGAUGCAGAGGGAGUUCAGCAGACAGAUGGAGGAGAAGGAUAGACAGAUGAAGGAGAAGGAUAGAGCGAUUGUGGAAAGGGAUGGAGAGAUAGAGGGACUGAUAGAUAGACUGUGGGAGAUGUGCAAGUGAGUUAUUGUAACUAGCCUGAAGAAGUGCUGGGAUACAUGGAGAGGUAGAAGAAGGGAGAGGAGGAAGACAGGGAGAACUGAUGGAGAUCUGAGGAAUGUCUGGGCAGAUGUAACCUAGUUCACCAUUUCACUGAAUUAGCCUGACAACGAGGUUAGAGAUGAGAUGACUUUUUCAUGGAGGGAUUG